UGGAUCUAGUGCCUGUCUUGUUUUAGUCACUUCCGGGGCGGAUCGGAAGUUGCUUUGUUUUGCUUCAAGAUGGCUGCUGGGAUGUAUUUGGAACAUUAUCUGGACAGUAUUGAAAACCUCCCGUUUGAAUUACAGAGAAACUUUCAGCUCAUGAGAGACCUAGACCAGAGGACGGAGGACCUGAAGGCUGAAAUUGACAAGUUGGCCACUGAAUAUAUGAGUAGCGCCCGCAGCCUGAGCUCCGAGGAAAAAUUGGCCCUUCUCAGACAGAUCCAGGAGGCCUAUGGCAAGUGCAAGGAAUUUGGUGAUGACAAGGUGCAGCUGGCCAUGCAGACCUAUGAGAUGGUGGACAAACACAUUCGGCGGCUGGACACAGACCUGGCCCGCUUUGAGGCUGAUCUGAAAGAGAAACAGAUCGAGUCAAGUGACUAUGACAGCUCUUCUAGCAAAGGCAAAAAGAAAGGCCGGACUCAAAAGGAGAAAAAAGCUGCCCGUGCCCGUUCCAAAGGGAAAAACUCAGACGAAGAAGCCCCCAAGGCUGCCCAGAAGAAGUUAAAACUUGUGCGCACAAGCCCUGAGUAUGGGAUGCCCUCAGUGACCUUUGGCAGUGUCCACCCCUCUGAUGUGUUGGAUAUGCCUGUGGAUCCCAACGAACCCACAUAUUGCCUUUGUCACCAGGUCUCCUAUGGAGAGAUGAUUGGCUGUGACAACCCAGAUUGUUCCAUCGAGUGGUUCCACUUCGCCUGUGUGGGACUGACAACCAAGCCUCGAGGGAAAUGGUUUUGCCCACGCUGCUCCCAAGAACGAAAGAAGAAAUAGGUUUCCUUGGAUUCCAUCCCAGAUUUCUUCCGAAUCCCCCUGACCCGGGCUAGUGACAGAGAGGAUCGCCUCUUCUGGGGCUCUGGGGGUCCAGGGAGAUGUCGACAGUGCAGUACCGUCAUCCCUUCUCCCCCCUCCCCACUCCUGGUGCUGAGGCUGCAUCCAAACCCCGGUAGGGAGGGUGCCACAGCCACUAACGGUAUGUGCUCUCCUUCCACUCUCUCCUUCAGAGGGAAGUAAUCCCACUCGCUGUCCUUUUGCCUCCGUGGUGAGGUUGGUGCUGUAUUUCAGAGGGAGGGUCCUCUUCAUUCCCCUUGCUUUGUAUUUAAGGACUGGGGCAGUGGAGUGGGGCGCUCUUCUGGUCUCCUAAACCUUCCUUCCCUUCCCCUCCCGGGGCUCGGUAGGAUAAACUUCUUUGGUGAGGGAUCUUCUAGAUCAUUUGGGCUCUGCCCUAGUUGAGUGAUUGCCCCUUCCUAUGUGACCCGGGGAUUUCUCCUGACUUUGAAUGGGAGCGGGCCAAGGUGGAACAGAUAACUCACAUGUAAAAGGAAUUGGGGUAGGUAAAUAAAAGCUCUCCAUGC